AUGUCGGAAACAGUUGGCCGGAAAUUGGAAAACAUGCUGCCGCCGUUAGUAGGUGAACCGCCGGUGACGGUGGUGGUGGAGUCCCCAAGGCAUUCCUCAACCCACCAAUCAAUCGAGACAUUGGUGGUAGUUUUGGCGGUCAUUACAAUACUCGGUGUGAUUGCAGGGGUGAUUGCUCGGCUCUGCGGCGGACGGCAUUUCGGCGGCGGCGGAGAACACGACAUUGAGGGAUGGAUUGAAAGGAAGUGCAGAAGUUGUAUCGAUUCCGGCAUCCCUCCUCCUCCUCCUCCGCCGCCUCCGGCUCCUCCCAAAUCGGCGGAAGAAAAACCCAAAACAGAGGAAGCAAAGCCAGCUGCAGCAGAGGAAGCCAAGAAGUGA